GUGCUGACAAUGGAAGCUACACAGAUCAAUAUGUCUCAAACCCCACUCGUGAACAGCACCACCAAGCUGAAGAGAAGCAAACCACGGGUGAUGUCCAAAAGUGGUCACAGCAAUGUGAGAAUUGACAAAGUUGAUGGCAUUUACCUGCUUUAUCUUCAGGAUCUGUGGACCACUGUAAUUGACAUGAAGUGGAGAUACAAACUCACAUUGUUUGCUGCUACUUUUGUCAUGACCUGGUUCCUUUUUGGGGUCAUUUACUAUGCUAUGGCAUUUCUGCAUGGAGAUUUGGAAGGGGGCAAAUUCGCUCGCAAACAUGUCCCCUGUGUGACAAAUGUUAACUCACUGACGGGGGCAUUUCUCUUCUCUUUGGAGUCCCAGACAACCAUUGGCUAUGGCUUCCGUUUUAUCACUGAGGAAUGUCCCCAUGCCAUUUUCCUCUUGGUUGCUCAGUUGGUUGUCACAACAUUGAUUGAGAUCUUCAUCACAGGAACCUUCCUGGCCAAAAUCGCUAGACCCAAAAAAAGGGCAGAAACCAUUAAAUUCAGCCAUUGUGCAGUCAUCACCAAGCACAAUGGACACCUUUGCCUUGUGAUCCGAGUGGCAAACAUGAGGAAGAGCCUCUUGAUCCAGUGCCAGCUGACUGGAAAACUUCUCCAGACCUAUGAAACCAAAGAAGGAGAGAGGAUUCUGCUUAAUCAAGUCAGUGUCAAAUUCCAUGUUGACUCUUCAUCAGAAAGCCCUUUCUUGAUCUUACCUUUAACUUUUUACCACAUAUUGGAUGAGAGCAGUCCUCUCAGAGAUCUUACACCUCAGAACCUGAAAGAGAAAGAUUUUGAGCUUGUGGUCCUCCUGAAUGCCACUGUUGAAUCAACGAGUGCAGUCUGCCAGAGCAGAACAUCGUAUGUUCCAGAGGAGAUCUUCUGGGGCUUUGAGUUCAUGCCCGUGAUUUCUCUGUCUCAGAAUGGGAAAUAUGUUGCAGAUUUUAGUCAAUUUGAGGUGAUUAGAAGAAGUGCAGACUGUACCUUGUACAGCACGGACUCUGAAAAGCAGAAGCUAGAAGAACAAUAUAGAAAGGAAGAUCAGCGAGAGCGAGAGCGGAGGACAAUGAUGUUGCAGCAAAGCAACGUUUGA